AUGGUUCGUAGGAUCACAGUAUUAAUAUCCGGUUCUGGAUCAAACUUACAAGCAUUGAUAGACUCACAGAUUCAAGGGAAGUUGAGUGGGGAAAUCAUUCAAGUUAUUUCAUCUAGUGAAUCGGCAUACGGAUUGCAAAGAGCUGCGAAUGCUUCGAUUCCAGCAGUAACUCAUAGUCUUAAAAGCUACUACAAGGGAACGGGGAAAGAACAAAAAGAGGAGAGACAGAUCAGACGUGAAAAAUUUAACAAAGAUUUGGCAAACUUAAUAAUUUACGGAAAUGUUGAGGGCCGCUACUUGGAAAGCUAUAAAGGACCAGAUAUAAUAGUGUGCGCCGGUUGGAUGCUUAUAUUGUCGCCCUCUAUUUUAACGCCACUAGAUGAAGCAGGAAUUAAGAUCAUUAACUUACAUCCUGCAUUACCUGGAGCCUUCGAAGGUACACAUGCCAUUGAAAGAGCAUGGAAAGCUGGCCAAAACGGUGAAAUUCUGAAGGGUGGUGUGAUGAUUCACAGAGUUAUUACGGAAGUUGAUAAAGGUGCACCGCUUCUUGUUAAGGAGAUAGAUUUAAGAAGAGGCGAGCCUUUAGAGGCUUAUGAGGCCAGAGUUCAUGAUAUUGAACAUAUGGCGAUUGUAGAAGGCACUAAUAUAGCAUUGAAUGAUCUCGACAAAUAA